AUGGUUGUUGGUUUAGACAUAACAUGGUCUCCAUCUUAUCCAGAUUAUAUGCCAACUUAUCCAGAUCAUGUGCUACUCGCGUUCUGCACUCAGAUUGGUUGUGCACUAGUAAGGAUUUGUGGGGGUUGUAUUUCUCAUUCCCUAAAACAAUUCUUUGACAACAAGGACAUAACAUAUGUUGGCGUUCAUAUCAAACAUGAUGUUAAAAAGCUGAGAAAACGUUUGGGGCUGGAAAUCAGAAAUGCAGUGGAUCUUAGUGAAUUGGCUGCUGAUGUACUUCACCAACCACGUCUGGGUGCAUUUGGUGUGAGAAGAUUGGCAUCUGAGGUUCUGUUGGUUCCAUUUAAGGCGAGAUCUUCAAGAAUGGCCUGGGUUAAUUUAGCGGAAGCAGAUAUCACAACAGACCAGAUUGAAUGUGCAACGAUUGAUGCUUAUGCUGCAUAUAAGAUUGGGAAGAGGUUGCUAGGAGUUUAA